AUGCUGAACAACGCCUGGGGGAAACCUGAUGUCGCCACGUCGGAGAUUCAGGACUUCAAGAAAGAUGUUGGCCAGUUCUUCAACAAACUCAUCUGCAAGCAAAAGGCGGAAAAUAUCCGGACUCUGAAAAAUGCGAAUGCAGAACUGAACAAACAACUGGCGGACGCCCAAGCCUCCUCGGAACUUGAGAACCUGCGCUCCUCGCACCAAGAGUUGGAGACAAAACUAAUGGAGGCGGAACAGAAGAAGGAGCAAGCCGAGAAACAGCUGGCGGAGAAAAACUCCGAACUGACCAGGGAAAAGGGGGAAUUUUUAUUGAAGAGAAAUGCUGACAGCGAGACCAUCAAGAGGCAGCAGAAAGAACUCAAUGGGCUCCGGAAAUAUAUGGAGACCGCAUAA